CCGUUAACCGUCGAACAGUCUACAGCCUAGAGUGGUACGGAACGUGUGGAAUAGUGAUCAAUAGCCACCAUCCCGCUCGAUAAAAACGGGAUCAGUUCUCGACCAGUUCUCGAAUCGCGUGCCACACGACCUGGGAAUACGGAUUUCCAUUCCCGUCCAUCGAAGGAUAAACGCAGCAGCAUGAAGUUGAUGCGCACAGCGACUUCGCUGGCUUUGGUCCUGCUCCUGGCCACCAGCUACGUCCGAGCUGAGGACGAGAAGGCCGCCGCUCCCGCCGAGGAGAAGAAGGCUGAGCCGGAGGCCAAGGCUGCCGAGGCAGCGGCCAGCGAGGAUACGACCAAGUCGAAGAGAGGACUGCACCACUACGAGGACUAUCACCAUCAUCACGUGCCCCACUUCCCGGUGCACGAGGAGAAGACACUGACCGUGAUCAAGAAGGUGCCAGUGCCCGUGCCCAUCGAGAAGAUCGUGCAUGUGCCGGUCGAGAAGCACAUCCAUGUGCCCGUUAAGGUCAAGGUGCCCAAGCCCUAUCCAGUGAUCAAGCACAUUCCCUAUGAGGUGAAGGAGAUCGUGAAGGUUCCCUACGAGGUGCCAGCUCCCUAUCCCGUCGAGAAGCAGGUCCAUGUGCCCGUCCAUGUGCACUACGACCGACCAGUGCCCGUUAAGGUUCAUGUGCCCGCUCCUUACCCAGUCGAAAAGAAGGUCCAUGUGCCCGUGAAGGUUCAUGUUCCGGCUCCUUAUCCAGUCGAAAAGAUUGUCCACUACAAUGUUGAGAAGCACGUGCACGUGGACAAGCCAUAUCCCGUGGAGAAGGUUGUCCACUACCCGGUGAAGGUGCCCGUCGACAAGCCAGUGCCCCACUACAUCGACAAACCAGUGCCCCACUAUGUGGACAAACCAGUGCCAGUGCCCGUGAUCAAGAAGGUGCCAGUGCCCGUCCAUGUGCCCUAUGAUCGUCCCGUGCCCGUCCAUGUCGAGAAGCCAGUGCCCUAUGAGGUCAAGGUCCAUGUGCCCGCCCCCUACCCGGUGAUCAAGGAAGUGCCAGUGAAGGUGGAGAAACACGUUCCGUACCCGGUCAAGAUCCCCGUGGAGAAGCCCGUCCAUGUUCACAUCGAGAAGCACGUGCCGGAGUACCAUGAGAAGCAUGUCACCUACAAGGAGCCGGAGUUCCACCACAAGCACAUCGAGGAGGAUCAUCACCACGCGCCCAUCCAUCACCAUUCGCACCCCAUUGUGGAGCAUGAGCACGAGGUGGAGCAUGAAUUUGCCUCUCAUGAUUAUCAUUCAUAUCACGGUUACUAACCUGGUGAAUCGAAAUCUUCUCUCUUUCUCUUCCCUUCUUUCGCUUUUCUUUGCAGCAUUGAGAAUGAACUGGGAUGGCAAGCUAAACCACUUCCAUUUCCACUAUUUCCCAAAUCCGAAAAGAAAGAUUCCAAAACCCAUAACACCACACAUCACUCCAUACCAUAUCAUACUCGUACUCGUACCACCAUUUCUCCACACACACACUUUGCUAUGCAGAACGUGAUAACCGACAGAGAUUCAGUGAAAACCAGACGAGUAAUCGACGAACAUAGCUUUUAGACCGAACUCUCUUCUAGCCUUAAGCCAUAAACGAUAAUAGAACACAAAUGGAUACCUUGAAAACGUUGACGAAACCCGUGAGCACUGUGAAUGAGUGGAUUGUAAAGGAACUUUAGUUUAAGACUUCUAAGCGACACAUUUGGGCCGCACAGCCCACACAACAAGAACAUCAACAUCAACAAGAACAAGAACACCGACCCACUUCCCGACCCUCCAAGACACACCCGAUCGAACACAGACAGUUGCCAGAUCCAGGAGCAAAGGAUCCCAGGAUACGAGGCUACCCUGUACUGCUACGAUUUGUGUUUGUGAACCUUGGAUGGACGGAACCGACACCAUCUGGGUGCAACAUCGAUGUGGUUGCUGCUGCUGUUUUGUCCUCCAGCCGCGGCUCCUCCCUCUUCUGCUCUGGUCCACCCGACUCGUGCACCCGUUCCGGUUCCCAAGUGAGAUGGCUACAUCCGUGUCCUGCCAAACAGGACGACGAUCAAGCCAUCCAGUUGUGUGCAGCGUCCCAGCGUUGUGAGCGUGUGAUAAGACUACUGAUAGCGUUUAAGCUUGUGCGAUAUUCGAGAUAGGAAGACGCCUAUUUAAGUCAGUUUGUAAUCGAACGUAUUGUAUUAGUGUUUGUAAUAUUCAUUGCUAUACCUAGUUUGUAAUACAUCUAUGUUAUGUUGCUUGUUCGCAUAAGCAGACGAAACGGAUUUAUAAAAAGUACUUAAUUUACCAAAUAUUUUCUGACUCUGUAUAAAAACAAACGAAAAAUCUCAUACAAAAUGAAGCUGAUGAAUGAUACACCAUUAAAUAAAUGAAAACCCAAGUGAUCAAAACGAAAAAAAGACAAUUGU